AAAUUUGUAGUGAAUUAAAUUUUAUUUUUUCAUAAUAAUGAUUAUAAUGAACAUUGAUAUGAAUCUUUGGUUGAAAUAGACAAUAUUUUUUGAGCAUUGUCAGUAUUCGGUGUAUGUGAAAACGUCAUCAAAAAUAUAUAAAGAAAACAGUUCAUUUUUUUCCUAUUGUUCACUCACAUAUUUGUAACAAAAGGAAUCACAGUCGAUUUUGAGGCUGACAUAAGAAUUGAUUUGUUGUGAAUUAGCAUUAUCAAGAAACAAAUGUAAAAAGAAACGAAAUGACGGAAAAACGAAUUGCCAAAACUGAAUCGCAUAUACAUGAGUAAAAGUGCAAAUUGAUGUGGAUGUGUAUACAGUGAAUAAAAACUUUCUCAUAAAAGUAUAUAGUGUAUGAAAUUUGGGUGAAUGAUACACGUGAUUUGCUUUUAUUAUAUGAUUGAUUUAAAAACACAUUUAAAAUAAAACAAAAAAUUUAAAAAAAAUUGCAAAAAAAGAAAAAAAAUAUAACAAAAUCUGCGAAACAUCUGUCAAAAUCGUUAUUUGAACAUUGAACAUACAAAUUGAUUUCACAUCAUAAUAAAUCAUAAUUGUCAUUUACGCCGUUCAAAUAUCGCAUUUGUUUAUCGCCAUUAUUGUGAGAAAGAGAGUGCAAGAGCGUACGAGUGAGAAUUGUGUGGAGAAAAAGGACGCAAAAAUCUGCACUUCAUUCACAUAUGCAUAUGGGCUGCAAUUAGUUUUUAUUUCGUGCUCAAUUAUUAUAUAUUAUUAAAUUUCAUGCCAACAAAUUAUAUUUUGUCGCUUUACGAAUUUGUACGUGCGUGCGUGUGGUUUUUGUUAUUAUCGCGCGUUUCUACAUAUAUUUUUUUUUUCGUUCGAUUAAGUUUAUCCAUUGAACACAUGAACAUGUGUAGUUCGUUUUGAUAUUUCAAACAAACAAAAAAUUGCACAAGCAUUUCAUAUUUAUAAAUAAAUAAAUAAGCAACAAAAAAAACUACACAAAUCGAUUGCUUGAAUCAAACAAAGUAAAAAAUAUUCACUAAUCAAGUUGAAUAAUCAAAACACGAAAAUAAUCAAUCAAAACUUCCUUCGUCAAUACACAAUGUCGUCAAUCUCAGCCCAAGGUGUUGUUGAGCGUGCUUCGGUCGAACUUGCGAAACGCAUCAACGGCCUACGUUCAAAACAUCAUCACGGACACGCCAAAACAAGCGUUAUGGAACGUGUAACAAAUGCAUUGUGUGGUGGAAGUAGUCAUAAUAAUGCAUCAAUUGGUGCACCCGAGAAACCGUCCAGAAUAGCAUCGGCAAAGCAAAUUGUUACUGGUAAAUUAAUCACAUCAUCCGGCAGCAAUAGUCAACAAGGAACACCACAAUCCAUUCGAAAACUGCAAACGUCAACCACACAAAAUGUGAAUGCAAUGAAUAAUAUGGGCGGCAGCGGUGUUAGCAAUGAUUGCAUUAGUGGAACACAGAAAAAGCUCAAUGCUGCCGAUUUAAAUAGUUGGAAUUGGAUCACAAAAUCAAAUAUAAACACGAUGGAACAAUUGCUGCAAGACGAACGUUUUCUUAAUAAAUUUUUUCAGUAUUUCACACCAUAUGAACGGCGUACAUUAGCUCAGGUUUGCACACGUUGGCGUGACACACUCUAUCGUAGUCCAAAAUUUUGGUCAGGCAUUUUACCAACGUUACAGUGUCGCGAACUUCGAAUUAUGUCAAAUCAAGAUCGUGUUAAAUUGUAUAAUUCUCUGGUACGGAGAGGAUUUCAUGCAAUCUGUUUACUUGGCGCAACCGACGAAGAUGCCAUCGAUAUUGUACAUUCAUUUCCAUUAGCCUCAAAACAUAUUCAUUCGCUUAGUUUGCGAUGUGCAUCGGUUAGCGAUCGAGGAUUGGAAGCUUUACUUGAUCAUUUGCAAUCAUUAUUUGAGCUUGAGCUUGCCGGAUGCAAUGAAGUAACUGAAGCUGGUCUAUGGUCUUGCUUAACACCUAGGAUUGUUUCAUUAUCGUUGGCGGAUUGUAUAAACAUUGCUGAUGAAGCUGUUGGUGCUGUAGCACAACUAUUGCCUUCUUUAUACGAAUUUUCUUUACAAGCUUAUCACGUCACCGAUGCCGCAUUAGGUUACUUUUCUCCAAAACAAAGUCAUAAUUUAAGUAUAUUGCGCUUACAAUCCUGCUGGGAGCUAACAAAUCACGGCAUUGUAAAUAUAGUUCAUUCGCUACCCCAUUUAACCGUCCUGUCAUUGUCCGGAUGUAGUAAAGUCACGGACGAUGGCAUCGAAUUGAUAGCUGAAAAUUUACAAAAAUUGCGUGCAUUAGAUUUAUCGUGGUGCCCAAGAAUUACAGAUGCAUCACUUGAAUAUAUUGCCUGCGACCUUAAUCAGUUAGAAGAACUCACGUUAGAUCGAUGUGUGCAUAUAACGGAUAUUGGUGUCGGCUAUAUAUCAACAAUGUUAUCAUUGACAGCAUUGUUUUUGCGUUGGUGUUCACAAGUACGUGACUUUGGGUUACAACAUCUUUGCUCGAUGCGAAAUUUGCAGAUACUAUCUCUAGCAGGUUGCCCUUUAUUGACGUCAAGCGGACUAUCCAGCAUUAUUCAACUACGUCAUUUACAGGAGCUAGAGCUUACCAAUUGUCCCGGUGCGUCGCAAGAACUUUUUGAAUAUUUGCGUGAACAUUUGCCACGUUGUUUGAUUAUCGAAUAAAAAUCCAAAGAAAACGAAAGGAAGCAAUCAAAACAAAACAAAAAAUCUUUUAAAUUGUUGACCAUUCGAACCUGACUACCAACUAAUAUGAUACAUCAAAUUAAAGAGUGAGAUGAACUAAAAAAAAUUAUACAUUUAAACUAUUUAAAAAAAAAAAAACAGAUUGCUCUAUCACCUUUUAGCUUUAGAAACAAUGGAAAGACAUAUAGACUUGAGAGAAUAGAAGAAAAAAAUGUGAAAUCGAAAUGACUUUGAAAAAGAAAAUAAUCGAUUUGGCAGUGAAAUCAUAAAAACCAUUAAUUUUAAAUAUAUAGUUCAAAAAAGUUCCAAACGCAAACCAAACUUAAACUAGAAGAAAGUCUAAAUGCAGACACUUUUUUCGUACUUAACAUAAUAUUGGAUAUAUAAUAUAUUUGCUGUGCGCGAUUUAAUACAAUUUUGGGCAAAUUUAUCAAUUUGUUUCAGUUUUAAUUUGUUACCACCAAAAGCUUACGAACAAAUAUGUUAGCCACUCUUUCAAGCAUGAACACAUCAUUUUUUUUUGUUCCAAAUCAAUGUAUAUCUACCAAAACGAAAAUUUCAACUAGUUGAAUUCCUAUCAGUUGAAUCGAAAAUAGAAUUCUUAAAAGCUGUUGAUUAAACAUGAAAGUGAUCUUCACAAAAUGUAAAAUGCAACACCUGCCCAAUGGCAUAAACAUUGAAAGCAUACUACUCAGCGAAAGUUUAUUAAACGAUCAAAGUGCCAAGCGGAUCGAUUUAGUCGUUUUGUUUGUAUUUUGUACCAAAGCAUCAAUGAAAUUGUAUAAAAUCAGAAUUUGACAAUCGAUCAAUAUUUUAACGUAAUCCAUAAAGAUGUCAUUAUUAUGAUAAAAAAAGGGAAUCAAAAUAAAACUCGAUACAAAUUAAACCAACAAUAAGAAGAACUUUUUCUGCUUCUUUAUUCCAAUUUCAUUUUAACCAUUUACAAUUUUUUUUAUUGUAUUAUGGUCAAAUCAUGCUUUGAGACAGUGCAUAAUAUGGAAAUCUUCAUUUUUAAGUAGGUUGAAUGGAAUUUUCCUUCUCAACCAAACGACAGUAUUCGGUUAGUCCUAUCAACUCGAAUCACUUUGGAUUUAGUAUUUACAUGAAAGUUUUUUUUGAAGAAAAAAAAAUGCUUUCAUUUUUUUACAUUAAUAUUUCGUUUGGAUAUGUCGUGGAGAAAUAAAUGUUUAAUACGGUUUAUGAAAUAGCCGCAAAUGUGCCUCGAGGCAUCUCAACGAAUAUCUGCAGUCAAUGAAUAUAGAAUUUUAAACGUGAACAAGGGCGUACGCAUUAGCUUGAGCUCUGUGUCCUAUGUUAUGAGUCAUAAUUAUAUGCAAAACGCGUCGAAAUAAUUUCUUGCUUUAAAAUAUGACAUUUGCAUUAUAAGUAAUUCAUGCCGUGCAUUUCACGGUUUACUGUUUCCACAGGUUUUUUUUUCUAUUUAUAAAAUUCAAAGAAAAUCACAGCUCAUUAGAACAAACUAUCUUUAUACUAAAAGUGUGUAAUAAUGAAAAAUGAUUCAUGUCACACCGUGUGCGAACAUCAAGAAAAUUAUACUUGAAGUUUAACGGGGAGAAAAAGAUAUAUGACUUUGAUGCAGUUUUUUUUUAUAAACGAGAUUUAUUGCGAAAAACGAUCACAACUGUCACAAUUGUACAAUGUGUAUGAAUAAAGUCACACAAAUGUCGAACGCUGAUGUCAAACUUUAAAAAACUUGUACACAACAAAAAAGAAUGUUGUCAAAAUAUUCUUAAAUUGUGUAACACAUCUCAGUCAUAAACAAAUUUGUAGAUGUCAUAGAUUUACUUUUCUUGAAUGGUGUGCCGAUCCGAUCGUACCUUAUGUGUAUAUAUCUACAAGCUAUUCUCGAAAUAAAUUUAUUAAUCCAACCGAUAUAUUACUUCAUUAAUGGCUUUGCAGCGAAUUUCCAUUUGGGCAAGCGAUUUUAUGUGUGUAUUCACUUUUACUAUGUUCACUUUUUACUAUGCUACAGCAAAAGAGUCGUACACAGCAAAGAUAUUUUAUGAUAAUUUUAUUUUGACAAAAUAAAUCGAAACAAAACAUUCCAAUUCGUGUUUGAAGCGAUACACGAAAAGAAAAAAAAUAUGUAAGAAUGUGAACAGAAAUUCUCUAUUUAGAAAUAAAACGUUAAGUAUGGUUUUGAAUAAUUUCACUGAACACAAUUGUAAAACGAAAAUCCAUUUUAUUGUAACGUUAAUUGACAAUUGAUUUUAACACUAUAAUGUUUUUAAUUUUGUUUUGGAAAAAGCACGAUUGCAAAAGAGAUAUGUUCUUCUAAUUUGAUGGGUGUGGAUUUUUUUUUCAAAUAUAUAUCUGUUUAUUACUUUAAAAUGUUCUGUAAAGGCUGUGUGUAACCGAACCGCAGAGGACAAUGGAAUGUAGUGGAUUAAAAAGAAAAAUGUUUAUUGGAUUUCACUCGUUUGGCAAACAUUUGAAAAAUUAUCUUAAUUAAGAUUUGUAAUGCAAAUAGAAAAUGACAUGAAAUGUAUAGAAAAAUAGAUUGCACUAAAUAACAGCAACAUUCGACUUAGUGAUAUUUUCUUCGUUGAUAAAGCAAAAACUUAGUAAAAAAAAAAAU